GUCAGCUUCCCAACCGUUACGGGGGAAAUAUACCAACCAGACUUUGAGCUGAAUCCUAACCAAGCAUGGCGAAAAUCAUAUCUCCACGAAUUCUAACUCCGUCCACUUCCCUUCUUCCCCUCCCUCUAAAAUCACUAUUCCCUUCCCAAUCUUUAGCUAUCUCAACUAAGCCCAUAAUCACACCUCGUUUCCGACGGAAACCAAAUAGGCCGUCGCUCAUGGCCAGGGCGUCGUCCACCGCCGCCGCCGUCGUGCCCGAUGACAUAUCGGAUGUGCUCGGAGAAGUCAGUAUCUUCACCGCCGCCGGAGAGCCCGUGCAAUUGAAGGACCUUUGGGAUCAGCAAGAGGGAAUUGCUGUUGUUGCACUUUUGAGGCACUUUGGGUGUUUUUGUUGCUGGGAGCUUGCUGCAUCACUUAAAGAAGCAAAGGAGAAAUUAGACUCAGCCGGUGUCAAGUUAAUUGCGCUACCAUUUCCAAUGGAUUCUCUUUAUGCCGACCCUGAUCGUAAGGCAUAUGAUGUUUUGGGCUUGUAUUAUGGUUUUCGCCGGACAUUUCUCAACCCAGCUAGCAUCAAAGUAUUUUCAAGAUAUGAAGAGUUGAAGAAGGCUAUGAAGAACUACACUAUCAGAGCCACUCCAGAUGAUACCAGCAGUGUUCUGCAACAGGGAGGAAUGUUUGUAUUUAAAGGAAAGCAGUUGCUCUAUGCAAGGAAGGAUGAAGGGACUGGCGACCAUGCUCCCUUGGAUGAAAUCUUGGAUAUCUGCUGCAAAGUCCCUACUCCAUGAAGCCUCCUUAGUCCGUCCACUGUCAUGUCGUCGUGUGUUUCACUCGAGGUACGCCCAGUUGGAUGCCUUGAGUAUGCAACUUUCAGAAAUCUGGUACACAUGAUGAACAAAUAGUACUAGCUUCGACUACUGUUUGUGCUUUAUAGGCCAGUAGGCCUACGCACAUUCAGUUGUAUAUUGUCAUAUUAAGCAUUACAAAUACAGAGAAAUUUGACAGUGCGACGAUGCAAAAAUUUGGAACCGUGGAACCAGCAGUUCCUGUCCGGUUCGAACCGGAACAGUGAACACGUUUACCUCUAUGUAUAAGUCUCAAAUACAAUGAGAUUAGACAACUGUGUACAUUCUACUUAUUACUGUCAGAACAUUUUAGGUGUGCCAACAAAUAAAUAGAUAGCUUUGUUAAAGCCUAAA